AGAGAGAGAGAGAGAGAAAGAGAGUGGACAGCGAGCGCGAGAGAUGCUUUACAGAGGAGCUGUGGAGCGAGAAAGAAUGUAACAGGCAGAUAGAAGGAGCGCAGAAGAGAGACGGAGGAAAGCUGCUCUUUUUCUUUCCCCUUCUACACGCUACUAUACCUGCUUUCUCACUCUCCUCUCACCUUGGCUCAGACCUUCAAUUGUGGGCUGUUCCCUCCCUUCCCUCCUCCCUCUCUGCCUCCUCCUAUCGUACACGCUAGCGCUUGCUUUGGGCUGGGAGUGUGGCGCACCUCUCUCUCUCUAAUCUCGGGUGGUUUUGUCUCUCGUUGUUCUGCUGCUGCUCUCACAGGGGACUCGUCGCUGGGAAACGGGAAUACAAACAUGGGAGUGACAGGCAGAUUGACUGCGGACAUGAUGGGAAUGGUAGUGGGAUUGAGUGGGAACGCCACUGGAUUUCCCCAACAAUUCCUUCUCCCUCCCACCGACAUGCAGGAUUAACCAGGAACACCAGUUGGAUUCCCCCAAUUCCCAUCGGAGCAGACACCUGCUGGACCACCUCUGCCUGUAUGACUACAACUGGGGAGAAGAGACGUAAAGAGAGAUGAGAGAAGAGGCUUAUGAGGCUAUCCAAGCCUAGGCCAAAAUGUGACAUUUAUUUGAGGAUUUUGAAAAAGGUCAAAACUAGAGAUUAUAAAAUAGUAUUAGUAUAUGGCCCCCCCCAACUAGAGUGGAUUUGAGAAUGGGCCCUGUUUGGCUCCUCCUGUUGCUGCUCACACCCCUCCUUUCAGCACAGGUUAGCAUAGUUUCUGAAUUGGGGACUACAGCCGAGUCAGAGGACCCAACGGUGUCUGUUGUGAGCACUACAGGGGAGCCGGGCACCCCCUACAGCCCCAAUCCCUCAGGGUCGGUCACGAUCUCCUCGGAAGCCCCAAAGGAGGACUGGACGCCGGCAGAGGUCUUUCUCUACAGCGGGGACUACUCCGUCUUGGGGAUAGUGGAGUGCGAUCGGGCGUACAGUCUCACGGGCCAGAAAGGCCCCCUGCCGCGAGGGUUCUAUGGCCCCCUCCGACCGUCCAUGGACGCCCUGGCCAACACGGCCAACUUCCUCAACAUGAUCUUCCAGGCCAGCGACCUGCGGGAGAGCAGUGUGCGGGAGGACAUGGAGUGGUACCACGCCAUGGUGCGCGCCCUUCUGGAGGCCGACCCCCUCAUCCGGCAGGCCCUCCUCACCUUUGACGCCGACCCAGCCUCCACCACCCCCCAGCUUGUGCUCCGCGCCUCCCGGAACCCUGCCCCCCCCAGGUACCAGAACAUCCUCCUCCAGGACCUCUCUAGCCAAUGGGAAAGUCUGCACCUCCCGGCCCCCGCACCCGACGACACCUGGUUCAGCAGUUUCAAGUUUCCCGCCACCUCCAACCAGCCCACCUCGACACUAUCUAAAAGAGUCCUCCUCAAUGACCUCAGCACCCUGGACACGCCCAAAUGGGGGCGGGGUGAUAGCUACGUGACCAAUCGCAGCGGGGUGCGCUGGGCCAAUGGGCCGUUCCUAGAGUGUGAGGACGGCCGCUUCCUGCCGGGCUGGCUGCUCACCCUAUCCACUUCCUUCUACGGCCUGAAGCCCGACCUCAGCCCUGAGUUUAGGGGUGUAAUCCGUGUGGAUGUAAACGUACAGGGCCUUGAUGUGAACCAGUGUGACACGGGGGACGCUUGGUUUGCCAACACACACCAGUGUAACCGCACCACCAUGGAGUGUGAGCCAAUCACAGGCCAGGGAUUCAGAUUGGGCCAGUACUGCUGUCGCUGCAGAGAGGGAUACUACAGCCCCCCAAUGGACGGAGGUGGUGCCCUGAACGGCAGCGGUGGGGAGGGGGGUGGCGUGUGUUACCCGGCCCUGCCCAUCUGUCUCCCCUGUUGGCCGGGCUGCAAGCGUUGCGAGGACGGCACCCCCUGUUGGGUAGAGGAGGACUGGUUCCUCAGAGCCGGGGUGCUGGCCGUCCAGGGCUUCUUCAUGCUGCUGGUGUUCAUCAGCAUGCUGGUGGCCUACCAGUUCAGACGCAGCAGGAGAAUCCGGGCAUCAGGUCUCCUGCUGUUAGAGACCAUCCUGUUUGGCUCUCUGCUCCUGUACUUCCCGGUUUUCAUCCUGUACUUCAAGCCCAGCACCUUCCGGUGCAUCCUGCUUCGCUGGGUGCGACUUCUGGGCUUUGCCAUCGUCUAUGGAACGGUAACACUGAAGAUAUAUAGGGUUCUUAAGGUGUUCCUGUCGCGCACAGCCCAGAGAGUGCCCUACAUGUCCAGCAUACACCUGCUGAGGUUGCUGGGAGUUAUGGUUGUGACCGUCAGCUGGUUCUUGUGUGCGUGGACCGCGGGCGUUCUACAGAACCGUGACCGUAACGUUCCGUUACUGAUCAUAUCGACCACGUCGGAUGGUCAGGGCUUCAGCCUCUGUGACCUGGACCGCUGGGACUACAUGAUGGCCGUGGCCGAGCUGAUGUUUCUGUGCUGGGGCAGUUUACUGUGCAGUGCUGUGAAGCCAGUGCCCUCAGCCUUCCACGAGCCUCGCUACAUAGGUAUCGCCAUACACAACGAGCUGCUGCUAUCCUCCAUGUUCCACCUGCUACGGUUUGUCAUGCCCUCUCUGCAUCCUGACUGGAUGCUGUUGCUGUUCUUCACCCAUACGCAUGUCACUAUCACUGUGACACUGGCCCUGCUCUUCAUACCCAAGUUCCUCCAUGUUUCGAGGGCGGGGAGAGAGGAGAUUGCAGAGGAGGUUUAUGAGGAUGAGGUGGAAUUGCGGCGAUCCGGCUCGUACCUCAACAGCAGUUUUACCUCAGCAGUUUGGAGUGACCACAGCUUGGACCCCGAUGACAUUCGGGAUGAGCUGAAGAAAUUGUAUGGUCAAUUGGAGGUCCACAAGACCAAGAAGAUGACAGCAAACAACCCCCACCUGCAGAAGAAGCGCAGCUCUCGGCGCGGGCUGGGCCGGUCCAUCAUAAAGCGUAUCACUGAGAUCCCAGAGUCCAUGAGUCGACAGUGUAGCCGUGAUGGCAAAGAGGUCAACUUGGGCAGCAGGGAUGUUACGCACGCCGAGUCCAGUAAGAGAGCGCCAGAUACUUUUAGCGUAAAUUACAAAGAUCAACCAGUAAAGCAGCCUUCACCAGUGCUGCGUAAAUCUCAAAGUGACUAUGACUAUGUAACCGAUAAAGACCCCUCCUUGCACGACUCCAUGUUAAGGGCGACUCUAGCUAAGAGAUGCUCACAGCGCUCUGAGACAGACUCGUUGUAUAUGGCACCAUUGGUCUGUAAGUCGGCCAGUGCCCAAAACCUUACAGUCGAUAACAAUCUCCUGCUUCCUGGACCUGCCAAGCUACACAAGUCACUCAGUUUAGCGCCCAGUAAAACCCACAGUCUGGAAGACACCUCUCGGGUAGGCAGAGAUACCGAAGGCGAGCAAGGGCAGUCCCAACAGGAUGUCGCUAUCAAGGACCAGACCUCAAGUGCCCUUGUGCAAUCCCAGUCCUAUGACAAGGCGGAAGUGUGUCCCUGGGAGCUUGCGGAGGAACGCCCUGCCAACAAGAACCAGCCACACGUUACCUUUGCUCCCUCUGAGGAAGAACCAGAGAGCCCAGAGGGUUUAUCAUCACCAAUACUGAAACAUAUUUGCCCCUGGGACCAUUUACCAGUUCCUACCCCAGCAGAAAGUCCUGCUGGGGAUUCACAAGGUGGAGAGGCAGAAUGUGAGUCCCCGAGACCCCAGGCUCCCAUCUCCGCUAGUGUACCUGGGUCCCCAAAGAACAUGCGGGUCUUCUCCUUCCGCACUUCCACCCAGAAAUGGCUCUCUGUAAAAUCUUUUGUAGGAUCUGUGGAUGCAGGCAUCAAGGAAAAAGACAAAAAGGAGACAGCAGGAGAUACGGUUAAGAAACUGGACUCAAUAUCACAAAAAAGCCAGGGGAGUGUAGCCACCAUCGCCGUUAUCGCAGCAUUAAAAUUAAAAACUUCAAGCAUUUCAAGCGCAGAAGUGAAAUCACAAAGUGUUUCAAACUUGGAGAAGAAAUAUAAUAUUUCAAGCAUAGACAAAAGGACACAGCAAAAAAGAAGUAUGACAACAGUAGAUGUGAAACCUGCCCUCGUGAAACAGGCUGCAAUCAGACUGUCAUCGAGUGAUUCCUCUGAAAGAAGUCCUAGGAGAAUAGUGGUUGUACAGUCCACUGUCUAUCCUUGGGAGUCAGAGGACAUGAAAAAGGACAGUAUGUAUGAAAACGUGUUCAUCUCAAGCAAAAACACUGCACAUAGCACAGCUAAGACUCCUUCCACUCACAGAAGGGGUUGCCAAAUUAUGCCUGCUCUGAAUGUUGCCCAAUCAGAUAUUAGCCAAUGGGAUGUUCCUGCUUCCUCCCAGCAGGCCCCACAGAGACAACAAAGCAUCAUAGCAGACAUCUGCCCGUGGGAGGUGGAGGAACCAGAGGAGGAUCCAAAGGCGCCUGCACGUGUCAGUGUAUGUCCUUGGGAAUCAGAAGAAGUAUUGAAAAGACAGGAGAGUAUCCGGGGAGAAGUAUGCCCUUCGGAAGCUAUUGUUUCCACCAUCCCAAUUACUUCAGCGUCCAACCAGUCUGAGAAGAAAUCAGAGGGUCUGAACAAGAAACCAACAGACGUAUGUCCUUGGGAAACCGAUGAAACCCCACAGAUUUCUCAAGGCCUAAAACCCCAAGAGAGUGUACGGGUUGAUGUCUGCCCUUGGGAUGUGGGGGAUUCCUUCCCUGAAAAAGUAAAGGUGGCGAUUAUUUAUGAAAAUGUCCAUCCACAGGAGAACAAGGGAUUGCAUAAGGCGCCACCAAAAUGUCAGGAGAUAAUACAUGCAAAUGUCUGUCCAUGGGAAUCUGAAGAGACCCCAAAAUCCCAAGACGGUGUACGGGAGAAUGUCUGUCCUUGGAAAUCAAGGGACAUGCCAAGCAUUGGGAAGCAAGAUGUACAAACAAAAAGCACAGAGCAACCUAAAUCUGCCCCUGAAAAACGAAGUGUCCCCAUAGCGAAAGCAUGUCCAUGGGAAUUCCCUGACCCACCGAAAGACUUGACAGUACUUUGUCCUUGGGAAAAGGAGGAGAGUCCAAUGCCACCCAUAGCCAUAAAGAUCACCAAAGGAUCAUUUUCCCAGGAGACCACUGUUGCAAAAACCAAUAUUUGUCCAUGGGACAUUGGAGACCAAGAAGAGACAGAAGGAAAAGACAGCCUGUGUACAAAUGUUUGUCCUUGGGAAACCCAAGGCAGAACUCAAGCUGAUCCAAAAAAGACUGACAGCGUUCAAGUAAAUAUUUGUCCUUGGGAGACUGAGAAACCAGAGCAGCAAGAAAGCACUCCGGCUAUUGUCUCCAUAGAAACAGGAAAGACUAAAAGACCAGACAGCGCUCUGGCAGAUGUUUGUCCUUGGGAAACAGGGGCAACUGAUGAGCCAGACAAGACAAAAAGACGAGAUGGCACUCAAACGGAGAUUGGUCUAUGGGAAACUGAGGAUCCAAAAAAGACAAAGGAGAAAGAUGGUGUCAAAGUUGAUGUUUGUCCUUGGGAAACUGGAGAGACUGAAAAGACAAAUGGACAAGACAGUACUAAAGCAGAUAUCUCCAAGGAAACACAAAAGGAUAAAAGACGAGAUAGUGUUCGAGUUAAUAUUUGUCCUUGGGACACUGAUGUCACCGAAGAACCAGAAAAUAUGAAAAAGCAAGACUGUGUUCGGGCAGAUGUUUGUCCAUGGGAAACUGGUCCAGCUGAAGAGUCAGAAAAGACUAAAGGCCAGGACAGCACCAAGGCAGACAUUCUUCCAUGGAAAACUGGUCCAGCUGAAGAGUCAGAAAAGACUAAAGGCCAGGAUAGCACCAAGGUAGACAUUUGUCCAUGGGAAACUGGUCCAGCUGAAGAGUCAGAAAAUACUAAAAGCCAGGAUAGCACCAAGGCAGACAUUUGUCCAUGGGAAACUGGUCCAGCUGAAGAGUCAGAAAAGACUAAAAGCCAGGACAGCACCAAGGCAGACAUUUGUCCAUGGGAAACUGGUCCAGCUGAAGAGUCAGAAAAGACUAAAAGCCAGGACAGCACCAAGGCAGACAUUUGUCCAUGGGAAACUGGUCCAGCUGAAGAGUCAGAAAAGACUAAAAGCCAGGACAGCACCAAGGCAGACAUUUGUCCAUGGGAAACUGGUCCAGCUGAAGAGUCAGAAAAGACUAAAGGCCAGGAUAGCACCAAGGUAGACAUUUGUCCAGGGGACACUGGUCCAGCUGAAGAGUCAGAAAAGACUAAAAGCCAGGACAGCACCAAGGUAGACAUUUGUCCAUGGGAAACUGGUCCAUCUGAAGAGUCAGAAAAUACUAAAAGCCAGGAUAGCACCAAGGCAGACAUUUGUCCAUGGGAAACUGGUCCAGCUGAAGAGUCAGAAAAGACUAAAAGCCAGGACAGCACCAAGGUAGACAUUUGUCCAUGGGAAACUGGUCCAGCUGAAGAGUCAGAAAAUACUAAAAGCCAGGAUAGCACCAAGGCAGACAUUUGUCCAUGGGAAACUGGUCCAGCUGAAGAGUCAGAAAAGACAAAAGGCCAGGACAGCACCAAGGCAGACAUUUGUCCAUGGGAAACUGGUCCAGCUGAAGAGUCAGAAAAGACUAAAAGCCAGGACAGCACCAAGGCAGACAUUUGUCCAUGGGAAACUGGUCCAGCUGAAGAGUCAGAAAAGACAAAAGGCCAGGACAGCACCAAGGCAGACAUUUGUCCAUGGGAAACUGGUCCAGCUGAAGAGUCAGAAAAGACUAAAAGCCAGGACAGCACCAAGGCAGACAUUUGUCCAUGGGAAACUGGUCCAGCUGAAGAGUCAGAAAAGACAAAAGGCCAGGACAGCACCAAGGCAGACAUUUGUCCAUGGGAAACUGGUCCAGCUGAAGAGUCAGAAAAGACUAAAAGCCAGGACAGCACCAAGGCAGACAUUUGUCCAUGGGAAACUGGUCCAGCUGAAGAGUCAGAAAAGACUAAAAGCCAGGACAGCACCAAGGCAGACAUUUGUCCAUGGGAAACUGGUCCAGCUGAAGAGUCAGAAAAGACUAAAAGCCAGGACAGCACCAAGGCAGACAUUUGUCCAUGGGAAACUGGUCCAGCUGAAAAUUUAGAAAAGACUAAAAGCCAGGAUAGCACCAAGGCAGACAUUUGUCCAUGGGAAACUGGUCCAGCUGAAGAGUCAGAAAAGACAAAAGGCCAGGACAGCACCAAGGCAGACAUUUGUCCAUGGGAAACUGGUCCAGCUGAAGAGUCAGAAAAGACUAAAAGCCAGGACAGCACCAAGGCAGACAUUUGUCCAUGGGAAACUGGUCCAGCUGAAGAGUCAGAAAAGACUAAAAGCCAGGACAGCACCAAGGCAGACAUUUGUCCAUGGGAAACUGGUCCAGCUGAAGAGUCAGAAAAGACUAAAAGCCAGGACAGCACCAAGGCAGACAUUUGUCCAUGGGAAACUGGUCCAGCUGAAGAUUUAGAAAAGAGUAAAAGCCAGGACAGCACCAAGGCAGACAUUUGUCCUUGGGAGACCGGGGAUCCUAUAGAACCAGAGAAGAUAAAAAAGCAAGAAAGUGUUCGAGAAGACGUUUGCUCAUGGGAAACUGAUGAACCAGAAAAAUCUGCAGAGAAAGAGGAAACUAUGAUUGCCAGUGGCAUACAGGACAUCACAGAGACCCAGGGUGCACUCUCUAUGGAAGAGGGUGACGCUGCAGAACCUGUAGCCGGCAGCACACAGACGGCAGAGGCAGCCAAAGCUAAUAUGCCCCUGGCUCGGCGUGAUGCUAUGUGCCCUUGGGAGAUGGAAGGGACCAAAUCACCAUCAUCCCCGUCAUCCAUCACAGAACACGACAAUAACUCUGACGUUUUUACAUGGGAGCCUGAAAACAUUCUUGAAGAGGAAGAGGAGGAAGACGAUGCCGAGAGUGCUGCGGAAGCCUUCGUCUUCCCAUCCGACUUGUAAACGCCAAGACUGUCAAUUACUGGCUAGAACAAGAAUGGUCUCAGUGGGUUGUUGCACCCGAUUCACUGACUGGGUCACUGUGCAAAGCUGUCCCAUAGCAGGGGGGGGUAAUGAAUAGGACAUGACCUUUGCAAACCUGAAUGUAGCAAAGGCCCCUGGACUGUCCAUCCAUAACACUCCCCAGAAAAACACUGCUCCACAAGCAAUACGCCCCUGGGCCAGGAUCUGCAAAUGCUCUGCCUACCAGAGGUACAUUUACCCUCCCAGCUUCUCAACCAGAGAAAGCUUCUGGAUGCAGUCCCUCUUCUUCUUACCACUUUGACCCCUUUUUGAAAUGUAUAUUGUUUUCGGUCUUUCUGUGUUUCAGUGACAAUGGGCUCUUCUGUAUCACACAGUUAAAACCCCAUCGCCAUGGCUGUGAAAGGUUGACAAUGUGUUUAAAUAACAGCCUGAGCUUGACGAAGCUGGCGAUAACUCCUUAUAGACACACGGAAAUAAUCUACACCAGACCAGUGCUCCUUCAGGUUAACCUGGAAGCACAUCCAGCAUUUUUGUAAAUCACUGAUUACAAUGGUGGUGAUGCAUGUCCUUUUGUUGCCUGCUAAAAACACAUUCCAAACAAUUUAAGGACAGCUUUCCAGCUGUAAUAUAAAUCUGUGCUUUUUCAAAGUCAAUUGUGUCAAUUACAAAGUCGUGGCUACAAGGAUAUCAAAUGUAAUGUCAGUAAUGUGGAUCAACAACAUGAUCAUGUCCCCACAGACACAGAGCUAAUAUUAAUAAUACAUCUAACUUUAACAGAGAACUUAAAUCAUACUAAUUCAAUACUGACUUGUGAAGAACUAGCUAUGAUCUGUUCUUUUGAAUCAUUUACAAUACCAAUUUUAUUAAAGAAGAAUAAACACAUGAAUUCAUAUUUAAACAUUUUAAAAAGGUAGAUCUAAACUUUGAGGAAGACCAAACCUUUUUCACAUUUAUUUUUUUAAAGCAUACAACUCAAUUUGGAAACAGUUGCCCUAAAAAUAACUGCACCCUAGAAUAGUCCUGCUAAAACUGUACAUAAGGCCAUUGUCAUUGAUUUAUUCACCAUUUCCAUGCUUUAUUUACCAAAUGUAUCCAUCCAUCUUGGCCACAUCUCCGCAUUCAGUGGAAAUUAAAGUUUGUGCGUUGGUGAUAUCAUGUUAUUCGCAAUGGACUAACUUCGUUUUGUGAGCGUUUUUUGAAUGGGUGUGCUGUCUUUUUGUUAAGUAGAAUGAAACACCAUCAUUACACAAUGCAUCCUUUGUGUAUGCAAGUUGAAAGUGAUUUCUGUUGAUUUCAGUUAUUUUUGUAUGUUUUGCUUAUGAAAAGUACAGAUUAUUCGGAUAUAAAAUGUACAUUCACUGAAAUGAAAAAGGUAUGAAAAAAGAGAUGGGACAUUUUAUUUUUGUAUUCUUUAAAUUAACAUGUAAUAUAUUCACCAUUGAAAUAAACCAUACAAUCUGUACA